UCACUAGAGCGACAUCUGGUGCCCCCCAGCCUCAGCCAAGUGAUUCCCACCCAGCUCAUGACGUCUGGCCGCGUGGAAGGGAACUGUUCUCACGGGCACCAUCAACUUCAACGGGCCUGGGGAAGAUCAGGGGGUGUCAGACUCGCCUCGGGGGCUACCUGAUGGACAAGAGAGAAGCAAACUGAUUCCCAGUUUCUGCACCUAAGCACCUCAAGCCGACUUCUCUAACAUGGCACAGGUCCAGAAGAAGACCACCACAAUGUCGCUGACCAUCUCGGCUUGCACUAAGGAGUCCUCCUCCAGUUCGGUGCUCCAGCAGAGACACUCCAGCCUGGUGCAGCCACUCAGCUUCAAGCCCCAGCGGAUUCAGAGUCCUUCUUACAGCCCACAGAAUUCUGGGAUCUCCGGAGUUGCGCCCACAUUUGUAAAGUGCCUGCAUGACGUCAGUACCGUGAAAGGCCAGCUGGUGGUGCUAGAGUGCCGCAUUCGCGGGACCCCCCCUCUCCAAGUGCUGUGGUAUCGAGAACAGGAGCAGAUCUUGGACUCCGCCGACUUCCGCAUCCUUCGAAAGAAGGCCAGCUCUACGUCGGUGCCCGAGGAGGUCUGCACGCUGGUCAUUACUGAGGCCUUCCCAGAAGACUCCGGGAUGUUCAAGUGUGUAGCCAGGAACCAGUAUGGCAUCGUGUCCUGCAGCUCACUGCUCGAGGUCUACUCUGGCCUGCAGGAGGUCCUGGCAGAAGAUGAUGAGCAGCAACUUGGCCCCCAAUCACCAGCCGACGACCCAUUCUCUUCAUUUGUGUGUGACCCGAAGGGAAUCCCUCCUCCUGAGUGGCCUGAUGAUGUGGAAGACGAAGAGGAAGAAGGAACGAUCAUCCUGCAGUCCUCCAGCCCAAGUGAUACCUCCGCCCCUCACCAGGACUGGCACAGCGCCGAACUGAAGGGGACAGGCCGUCUCCCCGAAGUGUCUUUUCUCCAGAGUCCAUGUAAAGACCUCCAAGCGUCCCCCUUUUCAGAGAAGCCCCGACAGACGCUGCUGCCACCAAGUGCCACCCCUCUGAGCGGCAAGUGUGACUCCUCAGCCGACAUGAGUGUGGCUAACCUGCCCAGUUUCUCCCCGACCACCUACCCCCCCAGUAUGUUCAACUACGAGCGCCCCCGACACUUCAUCCAGUCGCAGCCGCACUUUCAGGCGCCCAGCUACGAGAGCCUUCAGGCGAGACCAAGUCUCUCGACAUCGUCUUCGUCAUCCUCUUCAAAUGGGCACAAGUCUUCCCCAGCGUCCACCCUCAGCUCGCCGGUUUCCACCCCUUCUUCAUCGCUCAUCUCCCCAAGGGAUCAGCCACCGCCUCGGCCAGCCUCCCCCACCUAUGUGCCCAAGCGCUCCACAGUCAGCCUGGUGCCCAAAGCGGUGCCCAGUGCCCAGCAGGUACAGUCAUCCGCGGCCUUCCUGAGCUCCAUCCUACCUUCCCAGCCACCUUCUGCCCCUCGGGCAAAGCCUGUGCCCUCCGUACCACCUCUGAAAUCUGCUGCUGCUCCUCCACCACCUCAGAUGGCACCUCGCUCUUCCUCCCCAUCUCCUUGCUCUCUGACUCCUCACAGCCCGUCUCCCUCCUCGCCCAGGAGCCCAGUCCAGCAGCCCCUCACGCCAAGCAGUCUUCAUGUGUCUGUGCUGCCACCACAGCCUCCGGACAACCGCAGAUCGACUGCCGUGGACAUCAUCCCCAGAACGACCCUGAAGAAGACCUUCCAGCCUGUUCACUGUGCUACCGAUGAAGAGAUCCAGGGCACAAAGGACGCACUCAUCCAAGACUUGGAGAACAAGCUGAGAUGUAAGGAGGCACGGAGGAAAAACCGGAGCCAGAAGAUGACCUACGAGGAGCGGAUGGCCCGUCGUCUGCUGGGCCCUGACAACGCUGCUUCGGUGUUCGACAUCCACAAUGCAGAAGAAUCCGCUCCGGAAAAGGGCACGUCACGUGAGGAUCACCAGGCGGACACGGCGCAGAUCAGGAGCAGGCCUGGCUCUCGCUCGGAGGACGACGAGGCGGCUCCCAUCCAGGAGAAGUACUACGCACCUCGCUUCCUGCAGGUCCCUGAAGACCUCGUCGUGGAGGAAGGCCGCUUCUGCAGGAUCGACUUCAAGGUGGCGGGGUUGCCCACUCCAGAUGUCACCUGGUAUUUGAAUGGGAAGAUGAUUCGCCCCGAUGACUUCCAUAAGAUGCUGGUGUGCGAGAAGGGAGUCCACUCGUUCAUCAUCGAGAUCGUCACCACCCACCAUGCAGGGGUCUACGAGUGCGUGGCCAAGAACCGAGCCGGAGAGAGCCGCUUCACGCUGCAAAUGGAAGUCCUCGCUCAAGAAAUGAGGUGUCCACCCAUGUUUGUGAAGAAGAUGCAGAACGCGAUUGUCACCGAAGGGAACUCGGUCCGUCUGGAGUGCCAGGUUUCGGCUUCACCACCUCCUCAGAUCUACUGGAAAAAAGACAAGGAGAUGCUGGUCGUGGACCCCAGACGAAUGAGCCUGUAUGAAGACGGCCUGGGCAGACUGUGCUUGUUAAUCGAGCGGGUGGAGAAGGCGGAUGCUGGCUGGUACACGGUGUCCGCCAUCAACGACUGCGGCAUGUCGACCUGCAAUGCCCGUCUUGACGUGGGCUCUCGUAUAACCAAACCAGCUGCCACUGCCAAGCAGCUUCGCGUCAGGCCGACCUUCAGCCAGUUUUCUUCCCUUGGAGGACCAGGUGGAGAUAUGAGGGGUUUGCGGAGUCCACACGCCUCUUCUCCUCGCGCCCCCCUGCACGAGAGCGACGAGCUGUAGUCGGAAGAGGUGCACCACAUGGUGGCGUGUGAAGGAACUGCGGAGCUUCUGUUCUGUCAAUGGCAGCAGCCGGGAAACUCGUCCAGUGCGGCUGCCCCCCCCCCCUACAAACCCCAACUCCCCCGAAUCUUUUUUUCUUUAUCCUGCUUGACUUUGUUCUUAAAUGUGAGAAGGCGCGCUGACUGACAGAGCUGAGGUGUUCGCCGCUGGGCUUUUUCUGAACGCUCCACGUAGCUUUGGCAGUGGUGAGGCUUGGAUUUCUUGUUUUUCUGUCAUUUGUACGACGCAGAAGCCACGCCAUAAACUUGAGCCCAAAUUCCAGAACUGCCCAAAUUGUGUUUUAACGAAUGAAGUUAUCUAAUUUAUUUAUUUAUUACCUUUUAUUAGGCUGCGUUGGGUGUAGGGGGAGAGAGAGAGGAUGUGUGGUGUUUGAAAGCACGGUGGACACUGAAGGACCCUUCUCACAAGUCUUCCUGAGGUGGUUUUUAGUACCAGUUAGAUGUAGCAGUAGUGAAGGGAAGCUGCACUUGAAUAUUCGUCUGUCUGUGUAUAAUAAUAAAAAACAAAAUAAUAAAGGCACAAAAUAAAGGUUAAGGUUUGACUCCA